AUGCCAGGUUACCAUCUGGUCGGUUCAUGUAAUGGGUUGCACUGUGGGGUUAGCGAAAUACCAGAAGGAUACCGUGUUUGUUUCUGGAACAAGGCGACAAGGGUGAUAUCCAGAGAAUCGCCAACGCUGUCUUUUUCCCCGGGCAUCGGUCGUAGAAUAAUGUUUGGGUUUGGCUAUGAUCCGUCAAGUGACAAAUACAAGGUUGUAGCAAUUGCGUUGACUAUGCUCUCACUUGAUGUAUCUGAAAAGACUGAGAUGAAAGUUUUUGGCGCGGGUGACAAUAGUUGGAGAAACCUUAAAGGUUUUCCUGUUCUUUGGACUUUACCUGAAGUUGGUGGAGUGUAUCUGAGUGGAACCAUUAAUUGGGUUGUUAUUAAGGGAAAAGAAACCAUUCAUUCUGAAAUCAUACAAAUAUUGAAGUUUUUAGAGACUCGUUGUGUGUUUGGCAAGAUAGCAACACCCAUCUUUGCUUGUGGCAGAUGA